AGUUCGACGAACAGAAAUCGAUUAGAAAACGAUCUAGAAGACACCAAUCUCAACAGCGACGAGGAAGCAGAGGAGAUGCUCAAGGCUGAAGACAUCAAUUACAAUGAAAUGGGCAUUGGAAUGCUCACCACCGCUCUGAAAGAGUGCAAUGAAUUGGUAGCACAGGCCGGCAUUCUCACGUCUCUGUACACGCGCAAAGGCAUGGACUUCAACGCACUUGGUGACAAUGGGACUGUGUCGAGUCUAUUGGAUGAAGUGUACGAAAUGGCUGGCAGUGUGAAGCUCUGGUCUGUGAUUCGUCAGGUAAGGACGCGAUGUGUG